UCCCCUCUCUGACCCCCGUGUCCCCCCAGCUACCCCCCAGCGGGGAGUGCCUGCGGGCUGCCAUGCGCAUGUCCUCCUGUCCCCUGUGCCGCGGGACCCCGGCCCUCAAACCCUGCAACGCCUUCUGCCUCAACGUCAUGAAGGGCUGCCUGGCCCGCCCGGCUGAGCUGGACCCCGAGUGGAACCGCUUCCUCGAUGCUCUGAUCCAGGUGGCCGAGCGGCUGGAGGGGCCCUUCAACGUGGAGCUGGCGGCCGACUCCAUCGGGGUGAAGAUCUCAGAGGGGAUCAUGUACCUGCAGGAGAACGGGGUGCAGACCUCGGCCAAGGUCGGGGGCUCGCACUGCUGGGGGUAGCUCGCAACGCUGGGGG